GGCGGCACCAUCUCUUUCGGACUAUCCCUAUAAUCUCUCUUUCUCUCUCUCUCUCUUCUGUCUGUGACUCAGUAAGCAAUCUAGAGAGAGAAACUCGUUUGCAUUGCUUUGCUGCAUAUAACGCCGGCGUAUUUCUUCUCCUCAUUCGUCGUUCUUUUUCCUCUCCUCCUUAUAAGGGAAUCGGAAAAUGUCGUCUUCACCAACGCCGCGAUCAGCGCCGGCUCCGACGUCACCCCCAGCGCCACCCACCAAUAGUAGUACCACUCCGCCGCCUGCCGCGUCACCACCUCCUAAACCAGCGCAAUCUCCCCCACCGGCGACUACUUCCCCGCCGCCACCUUCGACUCCAGCUCCGUCCAGGUCUCCCCCGCCGCCGGCGACGCCGUCCUCCCCGGCUCCGUCCCGGCCUCCCCCGUCGACUCCUUCUCCACCUUCCAGCACUCCGUCUCCUCCUUCUCCGCCUUCCAGCACCCCGUCUCCUCCCUCGGGUACGUCUCCUUCUACUCCGGCUCCUCCGUCGCCUUCCGGGACGAGGAAUUCGCCACCAGCUCCUAGAAGCGGAGGAGGGAGCUCUUCGACCCCAUCUCCGCCGUCUGAUGAUGGAUCGUCGGGGUUAUCGGUAGGGUUGGUGGUGGGAGUAGCCAUUGCAGGAGUGUUCAUACUGGCAGUGCUGAGUUUGAUGUUCAUAUGUUGCAGAAGGAAAAGGAGAAGAGAUCAUGGACAUUACUAUCCUUCACCACCACCACAUCCACCUUCUGGGCCUAAAGCUGAUCCUUAUGGUGGCCAAGUGCAACAAUGGCAGCAUUAUGCUCCACCGCCUUCUGAUCAUGUUGUUAUGAUUCCUCCGAAGCCCUCUCCUCCUCCUCUCGGGGCAUCACGUCCUCCUCUAUCUCCUUCUUCGGUUUCAACACCUCAACUGCCGCCUCCACCUCCGCCUUACUUUAGCAGCACUGAAGCUUCAUCCAAUUAUUCAGGGUCUUCGACUCCACUCCCACCACCUCCACCGGAUAUGGCCUUAGGUUUCUCGAAGAGCACAUUCACUUAUGAAGAAUUGGUAAGGGCAACUGAUGGCUUCUCCGAUGCUAACCUUCUUGGACAAGGCGGUUUUGGCUAUGUGCAUCGAGGAGUUCUUCCUAAUGGCAAAGAGGUUGCGGUUAAGGGGCUAAAAGCUGGAAGUGGACAGGGUGAGAGGGAAUUCCAAGCCGAGGUUGAGAUUAUUAGCCGUGUUCAUCAUAAACACCUCGUUUCUUUAGUCGGAUACUGCAUCACGGGGUCUAAGAGAGUGCUUGUCUACGAGUUUGUGCCGAAUAACACCUUGGAAUUUCACUUACAUGGAAAAGGAAGGCCUCCAUUGGAUUGGUCCAUGCGACUUAAGAUUGCUUUGGGUGCUGCAAAAGGAUUGGCAUAUCUGCAUGAAGACUGCAAUCCAAAAAUCAUUCACCGAGAUAUCAAAGCUGCCAAUAUACUUCUGGACUUCAAAUUCGAGGCAAAGGUGGCUGAUUUUGGACUUGCGAAACUCACUUCUGACGUUAACACUCACGUCUCAACACGAGUAAUGGGCACAUUUGGGUACUUGGCCCCGGAAUAUGCUUCCUCGGGGAAACUUACUGACAAGUCUGAUGUAUUCUCGUACGGGGUAAUGCUUCUAGAGUUAAUUACUGGGCGACGACCUGUUGAUUCUAACCAAGCUUUCAUGGACGAUAGCUUGGUGGACUGGGCAAGGCCUUUACUCAAUCGAGCUCUAGAAGAUGGAAACUUUAAUACCCUUGUUGAUCCACGGCUAGAAAACGAUUUCAACCACAAUGAAAUGUUACGCAUGAUUGCUUGUGCAGCUGCUAGUGUCCGUCAUUCUGCCAGGCGUCGACCUAGAAUGAGCCAGGUAGUGAGGGCUCUAGAAGGAGAUAUGUCGUUGUCUGAUCUUAACGAAGGAAUCAGGCCGGGGCACAGUGCAGCAUACGGAAGUUCAUACGAGAGUUCAGAUUACGAUGCAAUGCAAUACAACGAAGACAUGAAGAAAUUCAGAAAGAUGGCCUUGGGAAGUCAAGAAUAUGGCAGCACUGGCCAGUACAGCAAUCCAACCAGCGAAUACGGUUUAAACCCGUCUGGAUCGAGCAGCGAAGGCCAAACAACGCAAGAAAUGGAAAUGGGUAGGAUGAGGAAAGACAGUAGAGGGUACGGUGGUAGUGGAAGUAAGGGCGGUGGCUUCAACUGAUCGAAGGUACUGUCGUCUAUGUUCAGAUGCGCAUAUCUGUGUGUAUAAACUCUACAGGCUGCUAACUCUCUUACUGUCUCGGCAAUUGCAAGAAACUGCGUGAAUUGCUUAGCCAACGAGCACAUUUUUUUUUCCUGAAUUUUGUGUGAAAUAUUCUUACAUACAUUUUUUCCACAUCAUUGUAUUUAUUAUGACCUAUAUAUACACGAAAAAAGGGAUGAGAUACUCUACUUUAAUUCUUUUCUGUUCAUAUCUUAUUCAGAGACUUUUGUCUCAGCUUCUUGCUCUGUAACCCACAUGAUUUCUUGAAUGAAUAUUUUGGCAGUUGGAUUUGUA